UUGUGUCACGUGUGUUGACGGGAGGGUCGGGAGGACGAGGAAAAUGGAGUAACUCCUCUCAGCUAUUUAGCUUUGGCAGAGAGGCAGAUCCCGCGAUGGCUGAAUCGCAGUCCUUCGUGCGAUGCUUCUCGUCCUUCGUGGCUCGCCUCGACGAUAGACUCCCGGAGGUGGAGCAGCACUUUAGCGGCGAAUGCAGCGAGGAGGACAUGUUCUCCUACUUCUGGGGGCUGCAGGAGGCCCACGAGUGCCUUGUUCUUAGCGUGCCUGAGACUCUCAAGAGUGAAAGCAGUGCUGUGACCUAUAGGACUCGCGGGAACACACUAUAUCGCUGUAAGAAUCUAAAGGAGGCCUUAAAAUCCUUCAAUUUCAGUAUUAUGUUUGCGCCCCAUCCGCCGGCUCCUUCCACCGCUGCCUCAUCGUGCGAGGAAGCGCCUGCCAACGGAACGCCUGCCGCCUUCGAGACUCUGGCCCUCGCCUACGCCAACAGAUCCGCUGUGAUGUUUGAACUCCGGCAGUACGAGGAGUGCAUGAAGGACGUGGAAUUAGCCAUCCUGCAUGGGUAUCCAGAGGCAUCAAGGUGUAAGUUAUUAGCGCGGAAGGAGCGCUGUGUUGCCAAACGGAAGGAGGAGGGCGGGACGACGGAGCGCCUCCUGACGACGCACCAGCACUUCCCAGCGAUCGCGACGGCGGAUCCGGCGUCGCCGAGAAGGAGCGAUGCCAUCACGCUCUCCCACUCGCCCGAAAAGGGGAGGCAUUUCCUGGCCAACAGGGAGAUCCAGCCUGGCGAACUGCUGCUAACCGAGGAGUCCUACAGUAGCUGUCUUCUGCCGGAGUUCCUGCCGAGCCACUGCUCCGUGUGUCUCACUCGCUGUCUGACGCCCCUGCCCUGCCCCUGUUGCCCCUACGUGACCUUCUGCAGCUCGAAGUGCCGCUCGAAGGGGCGGAAAAGCCACGUUGCUGAGUGCCGGGUCAUGGGGGCGCUCAUCCCCCUGCCUUCCCCCUGGCGCGUGGCUCUCGGUAUCCUCACUCGGGUGACGCUCCCCAGGCUCAAGAUCUGGCUUAGGAAACUGAAGGAGGAGGAGCAGGAGGCGUCCGCUUCUCUUUCGAAGAUGAGUGCGAAGACCAAGAGACAGGGAGAAGGGGACGGCGAAGGAGGAGGAGGGAAGAUGAAGGAGGAACGAGAAACAAAGAAGCAAGAACGCAAGAAACAGGCAGAGGCGGAAGAGGAGGAAAUUAAUACGAAUCGAAGAAGAAAACGCGAGAAAGCUAAAAAGAAAAAAGAGAAGAAAGAAAGAGAAAAACGGCUGCGAGACACAAAGGACCAAAACGAAGUCUCAGAUCUCCAAGACGAAGAAAAGGAAGAAGCCCUGUACAAGGCGGCCUUCCACGCGGUCACCAACAAGAGCAAGCACUCUCCCUCGCAGCUCCUGCACGCCUGCGCCGCCGCCUUCUGCCUGACCAAGCUCCUCGAGGUGGGAGGAGGCUUCUUCUUGGAGAAUGACAUGCCCUUCACGCCCUGCGAGGAGGAAGCGGUGCUCGUCGGCGCCACGCUCCUCCGCCACCUCCUCGCCGCCAAGUGCAACGCCUUCACCAUAGCCGAGGUUAACGUGCCGAGCAGCCGAGCGGCGAGGCCCCGCCCCGUGACGGUGGGCGUGGGCCUGAGCCCGAGCGUGGCCCUCUUCAACCACUCGUGUUCCCCGAGCUCCUUCCUCACGCACUGCGGCGGCGGCGUGCAGGCGCUCACCGCCGCCAGGACCAUCCCGCCGGGCCAGGAGGUGACCAUCGACUACCUGAUCGGGUCGCGAGGCCGGUCGGCCGCGAGUCGCCAAAGCAGGUUCCUCAGCCAGUACGGCUUCAGCUGCUCGUGCGACGCCUGCGCCCGCGACCGGCCCGCGUACCCCAGGCUCCCGGACUACGCCGACGUGUUGUCAGAGGACGGGCUGCUCAGGCGGCCCGGCUCCGCGUCGCCCUCCAGCGCCCCCUCCUCCCCUGUUUGCCCAAGGCUGUGCCAGGCGAAGGAGGGCUUCGAUGGCCUUGGCAUCGAUCUGGCGCGCGUCCCACACAAGGUCAAAGAGGCAGUGUCGAGGUACAAGGACGUCCUCCAAAGGUGCCAGGAUGCGGCCACGCCCUCGGAGGCCGACUUGCGCACUGUAUGUGACCUCAUACACCUCCUCGACGUGCAUGCGCAGAAGCCCAGCUCUCUUCACCUGGCUGCGCAACUGACCCUUGAGGACAUGACCCUACGCCGCUUCUUGCACGCCGAGAUCAAGGACGAAUUCUAUUACUAAUUCCAUGGCUCCCGAAAAAAACUGAAAAAAUCAAAAUCUUUGUCGUCUGAGAUAUUGUGUAAAUCCUUUUUUUUUAAACGCAAAUUUGCUGCGGUCAGAUGUGAUAAACGUAUGAACAUAUAAGCCAAUAGAUAUUUUUAAACAUAUUUUAACAUCCAUAGCCAGGGGAUAGACGGACAGCGCCAUCAAAUGUUGUUUCUCUCAUCGUUAGGGUUGUUACUAUUAUAAUUAUCAUGCUGUUAAUUUAUUUUUAGAACUCUUAUUGUUACUGUUG